ACAACUAGGAUGUGGCCUUGCUCUCUGGCCUCCAGAAGAUGUUAAAAUGACUCAGGCAGCCGCUGCUGUCUGGCUUGAUGAAGUAAAAUGCACCGGAAGUGAAUCGUUUCUGUCCAGCUGUCGUUCCUCACCAUUUGGUCAACACGACUGUGAUCACAAAGAAGAUGUCAUCGUUCUUUGUUCUGGUUCCAGAGUGUCUCCUACUGAACGCGACAAUUCAGCUUUAGGAAACUGGACCCCAUCUAUCAUGGUUACUGUCUGCAUAACUCUUGGAAUUAUAUUCAUCAUUGAGUUUUUAAUACUGUUCACGAUAACGUGGAGACGAUCAGCACUCAGUGGUACACUAAUGAGUGGCCAAGGAUUACCUGUUGACUUUUACCAAGCAAUUUAUGAGGAAAUUGAGAAUAUUCCACCAUUCAAGAAUUUUUCUGAGAUGCAAGAUUCAGUUACUGGAUCCACUCAUUCCGUCAAUGAAGUCGAAUAUUACACCAACGACUAUAUAUAUAGUACAUGUCAUGCUCCACAAGAACCUGAAGAGCCCAAGUCCUAGAUUCGCUUGCAUCUGGCUUUCCGUGUUUUCUCUUCGACUGACAGUAACGAUGAAAUGAGCGACAACAGUUCAGGAUUUCCAAGUCACUUGCAGCUCGAAUGGUCAACGGUUAAUUCCCAUCCUUCACAUCAGCCCGAUGAAGACCGAAAAACAAACUGUGCCCCCUUUUGCUUGCACUUUCUAUACGUUAUUGUCUGUUAAGUACGCUGUUGUAGAAUUGUUCAAUAUAGGCACAAUAAAAGUUGCCAUAAUCAAAUAUAAGUGACAGGCUAUGGAACUAACAUAAUAAAUGAGGGAAG